AUGGCAGUCCCUGCGGCAGUGCAUUCUGAAGUACACGAUCUGCUGGAGUUCUUCGAGACAGGUGUCUCCAUCGGCGGACGUGCUGUGACUACUCAAGAUAUGCAACAACAGCUGAAGGCUUUUGCAGAUCACUUGCGUACCUCUGGAUGGCGGCCUCGUGUCGCUGCCCCGUCCACGUCCUUGCAGUCCGAUUUGGCAAGCAAUAUCUCAGAGCUCACUGCGUUGCUCAAGAAUGGCCUCAAUACUCCUACCUCUUCGUCGGCUAAGCGUGUGCAUGAGGCAAGCCCUGGUGAUAUCAUCGCUGCAAUGGGGAAUCUGUCUCCGGAGAAUCGUGCCGCUGUCUUAGUCGCGCUGGGUGGUGGAAGUUCCGUCCCGCCUGGACCUUCACCUCCAAGGAAGGCUGCAGUGUUCAAGGAAGGGGCAAUGGAGGCCCGUCCUCAUGUGCCACCGCUCCCUACUGUGGAUGUCUCUGCUCCGCUCUUCCCCGAUGCUGACAUGGAGGCUGAUGCCCCCGCAAACGCUGACCUUGCCCGGGUUGAAAACGAGCUCUUGGCGCUUGUGCGGAGUUCAAGCUCUGGCCUGCCAUCGGUCCGGGAUAAGGCUGCCUUCGAUGAGAGUGCCCCGCUAAACGUGGCUGCUCUUGACGGGAUGAUUGGACCGUGCCAGCUUGAUGCUGAUGCUUCCUCGCUUCCUGAUUUGGCCACCCUAGUAGGCUCUCAAACGGAUGAGCUGAUUGCAACAUGCCGCGAGAUCAUACCCAAAGUGGUGCGCCAGCUCAAUCUGGUGUUCAAGCCGCAAAGGCGUCUGGAACUUCUGUUGCGCACAUUUGGAUGGGUUUUUGUCGCACGGGCGCGUGAACCGGUCGGGGUGGUGUCCUUGAGUAUUUGUAUUGCACGCAAAGCGGCUGGUCUAGCACACACCCCUUAG